CAAGAGGUCACCACGUCAACUUCCCCCACCCCACAAACCUCUUCGUCGCAUGUAGUGUCUUCCGUUUCCCUUGUGACCACGCUUUCAUUGAACAGCUUGUAUUACCUCUGCCCAUCUCUAGAGACCACCGCGCCGUCCGCGCCCUGAGACCUCCGAAGCACCUCCGCCAUGGCGAGCGCGUCACGCCGAACCUCCAAUUUUCCGUCGAGGCAAUCGGGGAUACAUGGCCGGCCAGGAAGCAGCGAUCAGGAGAAGGAGGAGAUAUGGAAGCCCAUGCUCGACAACAUUUCGAGUGGGAAAAGGCUGCCUGAGAAGAGCCUCCUCGUUCUAGGCGGAACCCCAGAAACACAGCGUGAGUUCUUAGAAUCAGUCUCGACCGACCCAUCCAGCAACCGGAGGCCUCCAGAUCGCGGUCGAGCCCCCCCCAUUGCCAACCAGUUUGCCCUCGGUUACACGUACCAGGACGUUCUUGACACGGAUCAUGAAGAUACCCUCGCCCGCCUCUCGCUCUACCUCCUCGCGAACCCUUCGCCCUCAUUUACCCCCCUGAUCAAACCCUAUCUUAAUCCUCGCACACUACCUCAUAUGCUUGUAGUCAUUCUCCUCGACUGGAAUCACCCAUGGCUCUGGAUACGGCAACUGCGUGACUGGAUCCGCGUCCUACGGUCUCUUAUUCUGUCUCUCGACGAUGCAUCCAAAGAAGUAUUGGAGGAGAACAUCUCCUUGUUACAAGACAAGGGGCGCGGCCUCGGGGGUUCCGAGGGGGCAGGAAGCAGUGCUUCAGAUAAUGUCAAAGUACCGCUUGGGCCGGGAGAAUGGGACGAGCCUCUGGGCAUCCCUCUUUGCGUCGUUUGUCAAAAUGCCGACAAGAUUGAAGCUCUAGAGAAGGAGCGUGGGUGGAAGGAGGAGGAGUUUGACUUCAUUUUGCAGUAUAUGCGUACAAUUCUCCUCAAGCAUGGCGCCAGCUUGGUGUACACGAUGCCUUCUGCUCCAGGAUCUCUCCAGACUUUGGUCCACUCGACACUUGGAAUCAAGUCACUCUUAAAACAGAAGCAACUAAAACACAAUGUCAUCGACCGGGACCGAGUGCUGGUACCACCCAAUUGGGACUCAUGGGGAAAGAUACGGAUCUUGAGAGAGGGGUUUGAUGUUGAGGGAGUCAGCCAGAAAUGGUCCAUCGACAUUGACAUUCCGCGACAUAUGAUGGCUGCAGCGAAUGGCGAAGCUGCAGUAGAGGAUGAAUCUGCAGCAAAUGGAGGGCCUGGGCAACAGGAUGAAGGCCCUUCAGCUACGUCUAUCUACGAGGAGACGAUCCGCAACCCCGAACAAGACUUCCCUCUCUCUGCAUUACACUCGAAACAAGCCAACGGAGUUGAAGUCGCCAGCAAAGACGCGCAGGCCUUCCUCGCAGAACAGCUAGCCACUCUAGAAGUGCUGCGCCGUGAAGAUGAGAACGAACAGAAGAUCAAGAACGCCCGGAAGAAGGAUAAUGCCUCAUACAUGACCUGGAAUGAGGACGUGAGCGGCGUUGUGGAAGAACACAUUGGACCUGUUCAGUUCAAUAUGGGUGGCAUUCAAGUAAAUGCGGAUGAAAUGGUCAAGCGAUUGCAGGAUCGAGAAGCAAAUCGCACAGCAUCUCCCGAAGCUCCAUUAACGCCACCACCUGCCCAUGAUCCCAAGAUGGACAACGAUAAGCUUGCCUCGUUUUUCGCUGGACUGAUUAACAAAGGCACAAAUUCUGCCUCCAACACCCCCCGCGGUAACACAUAGAGCCGCGGUUUCGAGGGUUGCUGGGGCCAGAGGCUUGUAUGUUUCAUUCGACGUUGUUG